CUCCUCUAUUCUGCUUUGCUAGCAACUCAGUGUUGUCCCAGGGAGGUGUACAGGCAAGCAGUAUGACUGAAAUUCAACAUGUUAAUAAUAAGACAAAGUGCCGAAGGUUUUACAGAGUAGCCACCAACAUUAAACAUGUGUGUGGGAUGCUGCUGAGUGUUAAGAGAUAUAUAGGAAGGAACAGUGUUGUGGAAUGGGCACUAUUUCAUCUUCAGAUGCAGAUCCAAAGCAGACGUGAUCUGCUCUUCAACAUCAGCAGCUUUUCAAAAAACAACAUGAGAAAAGAUUUUGAAAAGCUAAAGAGCCUGUUAUCUAUUUGUCCGAAGCAAAGAACUCCAGAAAUCCUGAGACAGAUUCAGUUUUGUCUGAAGAAAAAUCGAGCCUUUCAAGGUCUUCAGGACAAGACGCAACUGGAGCUUUGUCAGUAUGCCAUAUAUCAAGCGUAUGAAUCAAAAACAUUAGUUAUCAGAAAAGGCCACAUACCACGUGAAUGUUAUAUAAUAUUAUCUGGACGUUUAGCUGCAGUCACGGAAGACACAAAAUCAAGAAGACAAAGCACAACUUUGUUAUAUGAAGUAGAAGAAGGAGAUAUUGUGGGGGAUAUUGGGCUUGUCACCGGUGAGAGACUAAUCUCCUUUGUAUGUAAAUCCGAUGUAGAACUUCUAAUAAUUGACAAGGAGGCAUUCAAUAAGAUCCUCGCUGCAAAAGUACAAGAGGAAUACCUGAGCUUAUGUAAUUUCUUAAGGAAUCUGCCAUUGCUUUCUUCGUGGCCUUUGGAGAAAAUAAACCUUCUUGCUCAUUGCUCUCUGCGGAGAAAUCACAGAGCCGGAACAACUGUUGUUUUAGAUAGCACCAAAUCAUCAUUUUUAGUAUUGAUUAAAUCUGGAAAGUGUCAGAUAGCUGUUCAUCUUACUCCGGAUAGACCAAAUACUGCAGCUGGAACUUCCAGAAAUUAUUACUCAAUUGUAAGCCGGCUUCCUACAGUUCCAUUCUUGCUUGAGAAAUCAGACAGCUCUUCAUAUCUACUGGAAAGGCCCGUUUUGCCCAGAUCAUCAUACUCAGCCUGCUACCGGACAGUGGCUAGUCCAAUGCAUAUAAGACCUAGGCCCCAGACUGCAGGACCAUCAACCUUUUCAUUAGGAAACAGGAGCAAUCUCUGUGAUUCAGACUAUACAGACAAAAGACAGGAUGACAAAGGAAGAUGCAGCCAGCAAGUUAUGUGUACUACAACAUCAGCUCGCUUUAUCACUGUUGGAACUCUGGAACAGGGGGGCAUUUUUGGACUAGCAGAAACAGUAAACAAGACCUCAAACCUAAACUUUAGCCUGAUAAGUGAAGGAUCUGAAUGCAUUUUUAUACCUGCCAAGCUGUUUCUGUCAGAAGCCCCAAACAAGUCUUGGCAGGUGGCAAAGGAACUGGUGAAAAGUUACCCCUCUGAGAAGAAGAUCAGGGAAUGCUAUACCACUCUCCAAAACUGGAAUGUCUACAAGAAGAAGAUUAUAGGGAAGCAACAACAUGGCUUCAAAAAAUAUAAUUCUGGGAGAUAAAUGCAGUACUUGCCUUUUGUAUAUUGGCUUUUGUUUCUUUAUUUUUACCUGGUGAUCCUGUGAAAAUACACUUUCAGAGUACGCUCACUCCUCCAUUGUAUCUAUGGAGGAAGGCUGGACUUCAAACAUGAUAUAAAACUCAGUAAUAUCCAAACUGAAAAGUAGCGCUGUGUAAUACUUUGUUGUGAACACAAUAAAUAGUGCCAAGUCUCAACAAGAA